AUGGCUCAAAAAGCCGCCAAAACCCUCGCCGCGCGCAACGCGUCCCUCCUCACCCGCACCCACCUCAUCAGUUUCGCCCUACACUUCCUCUUCCUCGCUCUCCACUGGCUCUUCAACCGCCCUCGCUCUCUAACCCCCUACUUCACACUCGCCUGCCCGACCCUCAUCAUCGAAUUCUACCUCGAACGGCUCGGCCGCCCGGUCUACAACCCCGCUGAUGGAUCCCUCCGCUCUCCCGGAGAGGAUCUCGGCGCCGCAGGACUGACGGAAUACAUGUGGGACGUGCUGUACUGGACGUGGGGGUGCAUUGGUGCUGCCUGCUUGUUUGGCGAUCGUGCUUGGUGGUUGUGGAUCGUCGUGCCAGUGUAUUCGGUGUGGUUGGCGUACAGUACCUUUAUGGGCAUGAAGAGUGGGUUGGCAGGGAUGGGUGGUGCUGGUGCGGGUGCUGGGCAGGAGCAAGGAGGUGCGGCGGAGAGUAAGAGGCAGAAGAAGAUGGAGAAGAGGGGUGCCAGGGGGGUGCAGUAUCGCUGA